AUGGCGGGAGUCUUCCUCGAGCCGUCCUGUCCUCAGGCCCAUAGCCUCACAGAGGCUGGGCUUGCCCAUCGCGUCUUCCUGCCAACAGACACCGACUACACCUCGCGGAAUGAAUCGUACUGGAGCAAGGACGCAAAGCUGCGACCGGCCUGUAUUGUCACGCCUCGGUCGGCCGAAGAAGUGGCGAAGGCAGUAUUAGCUCUCAAGGCUGGAGGACAUACAUUUGCUGUCCGAAGUGGGGGGCAUGCCAAUUUGGGUAACAAUAUUGACCAAGGCGUGACUAUCGACUUGGGAUUGAUGGCAGAUCUCACCGUCGACACCGACUCGGAGACCGUCCGCUUUGGGCCCGGAGGCCGCUGGGCCGACAUUUACCACGCCCUCGCCCCGUAUGAUAGGAUCGUCGCUGGCGGCCGCGAGGGCCAAGUCGGUGUGGCCGGUCUGAUCCUCGGCGGCGGCAAAUCCUUCCUCACGGGCCGAAAGGGCUUCGCCUGCGACAAUGUGCUGGAGUUCGAGGUUGUACUUGCAGACGGCAGCAUUGUGAAAGCCAACAGGGACGAGCACGCGGAUCUUUUCCGCGCGCUGAAGGGCGGCUCCAACAACUUCGUGAUCGUGACGAGCUUCAAGAUGGCCAUGGUGGAAAACAAGAGGAUCUGGGGCGGGAUAACUGUCUACUCCAAGGAGCAUCUUCCAGCAGCGAUCGAAGCGACGCACGAUUUCACAGCGAACGCCGCUACACACCCUGACGAAAAUUUAGUCGUUCUCGUCUCACACAACCCGAAUUUUGAAGAAACAGUCAUAUGCACGCUCUACGCGAGCAUGAAUGGCACGGAGAAAGCGCCGGCGUACAACAAAUGGCUAGCCAUACCUGAAAUCACCACCAACGCCGCAAUUACAACAGAGGCAGAGAUGAUAGCAGCGAACAACACACCCGGAAACUACCACGCGAUUUGGUUCACUCUGACCUUCAAUAACGACACCCGUAUCAUGACCAAAGCCUCAGAGACUCAUGAAGCGCUCGUACAAGAAAUGAAAGUCAUCGUCCCAGAUGGCAACAUGCUCUCCCAGUGCAUAUUCCAGCCCCUCCCCAGGCUCUACACCGAAAAGUCCGUCGAGGCAGGGGGCAACGUGCUGGGCCUAGAGAGGCAGAAGGAGGACGGCGUGCUGCUGUUGGCUUUGAUUGAGGUCCCCACGGCGGACCAGCGGGCGGCCGCAUAUCCCAAGGUCAAGGCUUGGAUCGAAGAGAUUCGGGAAUUUGCAUCCAGUAUUGGCGGUGCCCAGGAUUGGCUGUAUCUGAAUUACGCAGACCCCGGUCAGGACGUUCUGGCUAGCUAUGGAGCUGAAAACGUCAGUUUCAUGAAGAAGGUCGCGGCUAAGUAUGACCCAGAGGAGGUUUUCCAGAAGUUGUGUCCCGGAGGCUUCAAGCUUUCGGAUGUUUGA